UUACAUCUGAAGAAGAUCGCGGCUCACCUUCCGGGAAGCACAAGCUCCGAGACAACAUUCCGGACUAUCAAAGGUUGGCUCAAUGAGUGCACUAUAAGUCACAAAUGCCGUCAUGGAAAUAGCAAGCACGGGCAUGAUCAACGAGCUUCACCUAAAAGACUUCUUCAGAUCAUCGACGAUAAAGUCAUUCUGAAGGAGAACGUUGGGCAACAGCCUUAUGCAUGUUUAAGCUAUUGCUGGGGUGAGAGUGCCCAAAUAAUCCAAACCAAACAAGACACAAUCGAGCACCGCCGGAAAAGCAUUCCUUGGAAUCAGCUUAAUGCAACAUUUCAGGAUGCAAUAACUGUCUGUCGUCAUCUUGAAAUCUCAUAUCUAUGGAUCGAUGCACUGUGCAUCAUACAGGAUUCCGAUGAAGAUUGGAAGGAACAGGCUUCGCAAAUGGCUAAUAUUUAUGCGAAUGCAUAUCUCACAAUCGCAGCAACAAACUCCAGCGACGCAUCUGGUGGCUGUUUCAGGAACACAAGCGAAGAAUACAUGUCUAAACUCUUGCCGGGGUACAAAGACACUUAUACUCGGCAGAAGCUUCCCAAAUUACCGCUCAUGUCAGAUGAAGCUGCGAUAGGAGAGAGCCCAAACUGGCCACUUUUGAGUCGUGGAUGGGCCUAUCAGGAGAUGCGACUCUCACCACGCGUACUGCACUUCUGUGCGCAGGAAGUGGUAUGGGUCUGCCGGGUUUCGCAGAAAAGCGAGAGCAUGGACAAUGAUGAGGAUUUGACCUCCAAAGGUGCAUGGAACUCGAUGGUCUACCCCUACGUUCCAUAUAGUGUCCUUGAGAAAGACCCACAAUCCCUGUGGUAUCGAACAGUAGAUGAGUACUCACGACUUAGACUCAGCAAAGAGGAGGACAAGAUGGCCGCCCUAUCUGGACUAGCCGAACAAAUGCAACAUUUACGGCUUGGCGACCGAUACUUGGUGGGCUUGUGGGAGAAGACCUUACUUGUCGAUCUUCUCUGGCACCCGACAAGGCAUAACGUGGUUUCAAAAGCACGCAUCGCCCGCUAUCCGUCCUGGUCAUGGGCUUCAUCACCAUUCCAAGUCCAAUGGUUCUUUGGAGUCAAUCAAGCCCUGAAAUGUACGCGAAUUGAUGACAUCGAAGUCAUCAACCGAGGUCCGAGCCACCUGGCCGACUGCAUAGAGGCGAGAAUCACAUUGAGAGCUCCCCUUCUA